UCAUCCUCUCUGCCAUAGCAGCAACCACAAAGAGAGAGAGAGAGAGAGAGAGAUGGUUUCGCUGAAGCUCCAGAAGCGGCUCUCCGCGAGCGUGCUCAAGUGCGGUCGAGGAAAGGUGUGGAUUGACCCUAAUGAAGUCAACGAAAUCUCCAUGGCCAACUCUCGCCAAAAUAUAAGAAAGCUUGUUAAGGAUGGUUUCAUCAUCAGGAAGCCAACCAAGAUUCACUCGCGAUCUCGUGCACGCCGCAUGAAAGAGGCCAAGAGGAAGGGGCGUCACUCUGGAUAUGGUAAACGUAAGGGUACAAGGGAGGCAAGGCUCCCCACCAAAAUUCUAUGGAUGAGGAGGAUGCGCGUGCUCAGGCGCUUGCUCCGCAAGUACAGGGAGUCAAAGAAAAUUGACAAACACAUGUACCAUGAUAUGUACAUGAAGGUCAAGGGUAAUGUUUUCAAGAACAAGAGAGUCCUAAUGGAGAGCAUCCACAAGUCCAAGGCUGAGAAGGCUAGAGAGAAGACCUUGUCUGAUCAGUUUGAGGCAAAGAGGGCAAAGAACAAGGCCAGCAGGGAGAGGAAAUUUGCCAGAAGAGAGGAGCGCUUGGCGCAGGGACCUGGAGAAAAACCAGUUGCUCCUCCACCAGCUGCUCCACCUGCUGCUGCUGCUGCUCAACCUACUCAAGCAUCUAAGAAAUCCAAGAAGUGAGCCCAUUAUGAAGAGCACUGAAGGAUGUAUGCCCUUUGAUGGUCCAUUUGUCCUCGGUUACUUCAUUGCUAGAGUAGUUUUGACAAGUGUGUGUGUUAUUCGUUGGUUUUGGAACUCGAUAGUUUAUAUUCUAGAUAAAAGGAGGCUUGAUAUUUUGGUACUUUGCUUAAUUAAUGGUUUCUUUUAUUUUGUUAA